CGCUCUACAAACAAAAACAAUGGGAUCAUUAGCCAUUAAGAAAGUAAUUUCCCUUCUCAUCAACUUUGUCCUAUUUGCUCAGUUGGUUUCAUCACUGGAAGCUGCUUUUUCUUCUAAUUCUUCCAAAGAAGCUACAGCUCUUCUUACAUGGAAAAACAGCCUCCAAAAUGACUCCCAAUCUCACUUAUCUUCAUGGACUUCAGUUUCUUCUUCCAAUCUAAACCUAAGUAGGCAGAAUCCAUGCAAUUGGCUCGGUAUUUCAUGCAACCUUGCUGGAAGCGUCGUCAAAAUAAACCUUACUGAAUCUAGCUUACAAGGUAUGCUUCAUGGAUUUUCUUUUUUGUCAUUUCCAAAUCUUGCGUACAUUGAUCUUUACAUGAACGCUCUUUUUGGAACAAUUCCACCUCAAAUUGGCUCCCUGUCAAAACUCGAAUAUCUCGAUUUGUCCUUUAAUCAGUUUUCAGGAAAAAUCCCACCAGAAAUUGGAAAGCUAACUAAUCUUAAGGUCCUCCACCUUGUAGAAAAUAACCUCAAUGGCUCCAUUCCUGAAGAAAUAGGGUGCCUACACUUUCUAACUGAACUUGCUCUUUACAAAAACCAUAUAGACGGUUCCAUCCCAUCUUCUCUAGGCAAUUUGAGCAACUUGGUUAACUUGUUUCUUUAUGACAAUGAACUUUCUGGUUUCGUUCCUCCAGAAAUGGGAAACCUCUCCAAUUUGGAUCAACUUUUCAUUAGUGGGAACCACCUGACAGGUCCAAUCCCUCCCAGUUUCGGGAACUUGAAAAAGCUAACCAUCUUGUCCAUGUUUGAUAAUUCACUUUUCGGUCCCAUCCCUUCAGAAAUUGGAAAUUUGAAUUCCCUACAGGAAUUAAGUCUUCUUCAAAAUAAUCUUUCUGGUUCAAUUCCAGCUUCAUUAGGUGAUUUGGUAAAUCUUACCCUACUUCACCUGAAUAAUAAUAGCCUUUCUGGAUCCAUUCCUACAGAAUUGGGAAACUUGAGUUCUCUCAAAUUUCUACAAUUGGAUCAAAACCAGCUACAUGGUUCUCUUCCAACUCCAUUUGCUAAUUUGAGCAAUUUGGUAAUUGUAUCCCUUUAUGAAAACCAACUUACCGGUUCUAUUCCUCAAGGAAUUGGAGAUCUCAUCAACUUGGUUUUACUAAGACUAGACACAAACCAAUUUACUGGUAAUUUGCCUCAAAAUAUUUGCCAAGGUGGAUCACUUCAGUACUUUGUUGCAAGCAACAAUCAUUUGGACGGCCGAAUUCCCAAAAGCUUCAAAAAUUGCACAAGCAUAGUCAGAGUCCUAUUAGGAGGUAACCAACUCAUUGGAGAUAUAUCUAAGGACUUUGGUGUCUAUCCAAACUUGGAGUUCAUAGAUCUCAGCCAUAAUCGAUUUAAUGGAAAGAUCUCAAGUAAUUGGGGACAGUGUCCACAACUACAAAUGCUACGACUGGGUAACAACAAUAUUACUAGUAGCAUACCACACGAGAUUGGAAACUGGACUCAACUUGGUGAACUUGAUCUUUCUUCAAAUCAUAUAUUUGGGACUAUUCCAAAAGAAUUCGGAAGGCUGAUUUCUCUACAGCGAUUGAGGAUGAAUGGCAAUAAACUCUCUGGUGCUAUACCUUUUGAAUUUGGGUUAUUGACAAAUCUUGAAUAUCUUGACUUGUCCUCUAACAAGCUGAGUAAGUCAAUUCCAAGUAAUUUUGGGGACUUCGUGAAAUUGAUCAACUUGAAUUUAAGCCACAACAAUUUUAGCGAAGGGAUUCCAACGCAUCUCCUAACCAUAUCUCAUAUCUCCAAAUUAGAUAUAAGUUAUAACUCUUUAAAUGGAGAGAUACCAUCGGAAAUUAAAAAACUGGAGAGCUUAGUGAUCUUAAAUCUCUCCCACAAUUAUCUUUCUGGUCUUAUUCCAUCAACAUUCGAAGACAUGCAUGGCCUGUUGUAUGUUGACAUAUCUUACAAUGAGUUGCAGGGUCCCAUUCCUAAUAGCAGUGCGUUUCUAACAGCUCCUGUAGAAGCAUUACAAGGGAACAGGGGAUUGUGCGGUAAUGUUACAGGACUACAACCUUGCAAUGCUUCCAUGAUAUACAAACAUAGCUCAAAAAGGGGACACAAAGUCGUGUUUCUUCUCGUUUUCCCGCUUUUAGGAGUAGUUUCUGUUCUACUUUCUUUCUUUGGGCUUUUUGUUUUUAUGCAAAGAAGAAAGACAGAUCCAAAAUCCAAACAAAGCAAGACCGAGGGCCAAGUACUAUUUCUUUCAAUAUUACAUUUCAAUGGAAGAACAUUGUAUGAUGAAAUCAUAAAAGUGACAAAUGGUUUUGAUGCUCUAUAUUGCAUUGGGAAAGGAGGACAUGGAACUGUCUAUAAAGCUGAGCUAACUUCAGGUGACAUUGUAGCCGUUAAGAAAUUCAAUCGACCACUAGAUGAUGCUGGUGGGAACAAAUUUCAAAAGGAGUUCUUGAAUGAGAUAAGGGCAUUGAUAGACAUACGACAUCGAAACAUUGUUAAACUUUAUGGUUUUUGUCCCCAUGUGCAACAUUCCUUUUUGGUUUGUCAGUAUCUAGAGAGGGGUAGCUUAUCCCUAAUCUUAGGCAACGAAGAUGCUGCUAAAGUAUUGGGCUGGAGUAAGAGAUUGAAUAUUGUUAAAGGUGUGGCAUAUGCCUUGUCUUACAUGCACCAUGAUUGCUUCCCUCCGAUUAUUCAUCGUGACAUAUCAAGUAGCAACAUCUUGCUGGAUUCUCAAUUUGAGGCUCACGUUUCAGACUUUGGCACUGCUAAGCUUUUGGAGCUAGACUCAUCCAAUUGGACUUCCCCUGCAGGAACUUAUGGAUAUAUUGCACCAGAGCUUGCUUAUACAAUGAAGGUAACUGAAAAAUGUGAUGUGUAUAGCUUUGGGGUUUUGGCAAUCGAAGUCAUUAGGGGAAAGCAUCCAGGUGAUUUCAUCUCCACACUAUCAACGCCGUUAGAUAUGCAGAACAUACAGAUGAAAGAUGUGUUGGACCAACGGCUUCCAUUUCCAACAACUCAAGUUGAAAAUGAACUUAUAAUAGUUACACAGCUUGCCAUGAAAUGCUUAAAUGUCUGUCCACAAUCAAGGCCGACGAUGCACAUGAUUUCUAAAGUGUUAUCGACAAAUAUUGCACAUUCCUAGAGCCAUCCAGACGUGCAUUGCCAACUUGGAAGUCAAGAGUUGAAGAUUAUAGACUAUCGAGAUAAUAAUUAAAAAGAAUAAGUGCUAAGAUCAUGUUUUAGUCGAAGAUACUUAAUUAUUAGAUCAUUUUCUUUCCAUCCCAAGUAUUUACGUGCAGCUUUACUUGUCAUUUGUAUGAGUGUUAAUGUAUCUUUUUGUUUUAUCAUCUCAUUUCCUUCAAUUUAGUUCCAACUAUAUCAAUCAACCAAAGUGUCUUUUAAGAGUAUAAUUGUGGCAAGUUUUUGCAACUCAGUGGUUUGCUUGUUCUCAAAUUUUUAAUAGAAGCCCAUGUGAUUUGAAA